CACUGAUUGGCCAAUCAGUGAUCACAUGAAUAGUAGUAAGCAAUGAUGUCAGAAAUCACAUGGUACAGGGCAGGGGUGGACUGACAACUCAUGGGGCCCCCGGGCAAUAGGGGAUCAUGGGGCCCCUCUGUCCUUGCCCAAACUCAAAAAAGCCUAUGAAAAAAGGUACCAGGGGCAUCUCAUGGGGCCCCCUACUGACCCCGGGCCCUCGGGCAGUGCCAAGUUUCCAAAUGGUCAGUCCGCCCCUA